AUGCCGACCAAUAUCAACGCCGAUGCCUUGCCGGAACUUGAGAGCCUAGCAGCAUGGGUUUCGCAGAUUGAGAUGAAGGAGGAGAAAGGAAAAAAGAACCUUUUGGAAUGUAUGGACGAAGCUCGUGAAGCGAAAGCGCGGCCGUUAUUGGAGAAGCUGGGAUACGCUACAAUACAGGUAAAAGAACAAUUUGCUCUUAAAGAUUCAACGCGGAAACGCUUAUAA